AUGUGCUCGUAUAUCUACACAACUCCACUCAUGCAGGUUCGUGGUUUAUUUUUUGUUUUUGCCCCCGAAGAGCCGCUGCCGCCCUGCUUGGCUGCAUGGGUACAGCACCGUAACUGUUUUUAUCAUUUUUAUUGUUUGUUUGUUUCCAUUACUUUCAGUGGGCGACCUCUCUUGCUCCCCAUUUCUUCUUUCCUGGACUGGGCUGUGCGGGAACAGAGAAAGUGUGUGUGCGUGUGUGCUGUUCGUCCCAUUUGUUGCUGCGCGUCCCCACUGCUCGGUGGACGCGCCCCGCAGGCUUCGGCUUCGCUUGACGGGGUUUGCUUUGUGUGUGCUUUGGUUGAAUGUGCCCAUGCCACUGGCUGCUGUUGCGUGUGCGUGUGUCCCGCACCGUGCGGGCGGCCUUCUAUUUACCCCUCUCUCGUUGUGUGGCUGCGUGUGUGUCUGUGCCUAUUUUGUGUCUCUUCCUCCCUCGCAUUCUUCUUUUGGUUGGUGGUUGUUAUUUUGCAGCUGCAACGGAAGCCAACAGCAGCAACUAAGAAGGAAAAGAAAAUCAAGGGAAGAGCAUCUGGGAGGCGCGCGGAAGAAGUUGUCGCUGCUGCGGGGCGCCCCACGUCUGUCCUGUGGGCGGGGCGGCCUCCGGCGAGGGCGCGGUGCGGUGGCGGCCGUCAGCGCGCGCGGUGGGCCCUCGGCAGUUCGGUGGAGGACACGCUGCUGGCGGGAGGUGUUCACGUGGAAGAGGCGAUGCUGAACGACUUUAUUCGGAGUUACUUUGGCCCCGGCAAAGGCGUGGAGGAGGAGCGCAACGUGCCGAUGCGGGAGUUUGUUCGCGACGCGGCGAGUACGUCGCGGACCCGGCGCUGCUCGAGGGCAUCCUCAAGCUGCCGGCGUACCGGCUUUGUGUGGAGGCGCGUGGGCGCGGGGUGGGCGCUCGCUGGCGCUGAGGGACCGUCGCACGGCGGGACGGCGUCUCUGGUGCCGCGCGGCUGA